CCCGAUCUGUUUCCGGUUAGCCGCACGAGCCAUUUGCAUUUAAGCCCGAUUGGAACUCCUUACUCCUGUCUGGUAGAGAGGUGCUUAUGGACGGCGCAGUUGUUUGGCGACGAUUACGAGAUCCGCUUCUGGCGAGUUGUUGCUAGCAGGCUGUGUUGCCGCGCCAAAAUUUUAGAAAAUCUCCUGGAUACCGCACCUUCCGCAGAUAGCACUUUUCACAUUAAAUCCUCGCGUAUGGACCUCCAAAAGGGCUGUGUGUCGGAAGUAGCAGGACAUAUGGGGGUGAAGAGCGAUAACACUAAGCCCCAUUUCCCCGCCCCAGCAGGUAUAGGGACCCCCGUGGAAACGACUGAAUUUGCAACAUCACAGACACUGGACGCAUCAUCUCUGCCGAUUUCUGCUGCCCUCGACGCCAUUAGCACGGGCCAGACAUCCUUACCUUCUCAGGAUUCUGACAACUUGUUUGUUGUUAGUCGCUGGCCGAGCUGGGCCUGUAGACGUCAGCUCCUGCGACUCGACUCGGCCUGGGAUGACUUUCUGGUUGAGGCCGACCUAAUGAGGGCGGAGCGACGGGAACGACUGGUCGGCCUAGCUCAGCGAGCAAACACUUCGGAGCUCAAGCGGAUGUACAUCGGCUGGCUGAUUCGACUCGGUUGGUUGACUGGGCAUAAUGAAAAAUCCCAGGACUGCAUGUUCAUGUGCUAA